UAAGAGCAGCGAACGGAUCUUACGUCAUCAACGUCGACUGCUCAGAUGGCGACAAUGACGUCACUGCGACGUUCACACAACCAGUGAUUGAUACGAUGUUACUCGGGAAGUUUACAACUACCGACCCGGAUACGGCGUGUUCUGUGACGUCACCAUCCACCACCGUGUAUGAGAUCAGAAAUGUGACGUCACCGGUGAAUGUUUCUCAACCAGAAUUUGAAGUCAGGAUCUCUAGCACCGUGACUGAAGCUGCCAUCGACUUCAACGACCAGGCCGUGCCGUUGACGUUAACGAUACGGUGUACUGACGGCAACCCCGUCAACGUCAUCACCGGGACUUUCAACGUCAAUAUCGUUGAUGAGGACCCAGUUCUAACGUCGUUUCCUAUGACGUCAUAUCAAUUCCUAGAAGACACUUCCGUUUCCGCUCUGGAGCUAAACUCAUUCAGCCUUAAAGAUUCUGAUGACGUCAUAUCUGCUUGAUGUCAUCUGUCAAAUCUGAAAAUCAACGUCAAAGCGUUUCAGAUUUGGUACAAGGGACGCCCGCGAGCGUCCUUGAACUAUGACGUCACGCCCGUUCAUAACAUCGGGAUUAUUUGCGACGACGGCAAAGUCUUUAGCGCGAGAUAUUAUUACGCAGUGGAUCUGGAAAACAACGUAAGUAAUCCAAGACGAAGAACAGCCCAACUGUAUGUCUGUCAUGGAUUAUACUUGGUAUACUAACAAAGAGGAAAUUACGCCCCUCCCAUUUUCCACCAUUGGUCAAAGGUAAUUUCACUGUAACUUAAAAUAAAACAAAGCCUAAUAGUGUUUUUAUAAAUUAAAAAAAGUACGACAGGAAUUAUCGAGUAAAGAAAACGUCGCGCUAUAUGCAUGUCGGUCAAUCUGUAUCCAACCAUAUUCAUCUGCCAUAUUCAACCGUCAUGUUAAAUGUUCAGUAUUACUGUCUCCUCACAAAUAUCAUAAUUACACAACAAUAUUCGAAUCUGAAACAAUUUAUUUUAAUCUUGUCAAUUUCCCAAAACGUAAAAAGGUCCCUUUAAACCCCGUUUUCUAAUCGAACCAGCUCAUUUCAUUAAAUGUGUCAUGUUCUGAGAAAAUCGGGCUUAAUCAAGUUAAUGCAUGUGCAUAAAGUGUCGUCACAGAUUGGCCUGUGCAGUCCGCACAGGCUAAUCAGGGACGACACUUUCCGCCUUAACUGGAUUUUUGAGUAGAAACUGCAGAAAGUAGCCUUUGCGGACUGCACAGGCUAAUCUUGGACGACACUUUACGCACAUGAUUUAAGCCC